UUCUUUCUUUCUUUCAAAUUUAAGUUAGCUUUAUCAAUGCUUUUAGAAGGCAUUUAAAAUCAUGUACAUGAAUGUGUUAUAAAGUCUGAACAUAUCAACACACUUUGCAAGUUGACCCAAAACAUAUUUAAUGUGCUGGCUAUCCUUCAAAUGGUAGAAAUAGGUGAGUCAGAAUGUUAAAUCUUUCUGUUUUUGCAGAAAUGCAUAAAUUGUCAAGCAUUAUUUAAUUCAUAGUUAGCAUUUAAUUACAUAAAGGGUGAUAUAGCGCAGUAUUCAAGACAAAUAUGCAAUUUCAAAGGUUCUGGGUGGUCCUUGCAAGUAAGAAAUUUUGCCAUCCUCCUAGCGUGGAGGGUGAGACUUGUGGUAUAUAAACUCUGGCUGUGAGUCUGCUCCCACUACUCUGGGACUGGAAGGGCUAGCUGGAAACAAGUAUGAAGCUCCUUUUUGUAGCUGCCUUUGCACUCUUUGUGCUCUCUACAUUUGACUAUGCUGACUCCUCAGCUUAUGACAAAAUUGUUUCCCACAGUCGCAUCAGAGCAAAAAAAGAAGGACCCAAUGUCUGUGCGCUCCAGCAAGUCAUGGGAACCAAGAAGUACUUCAGCACUUGUCGUAAUUGGUAUCAAGGGACCAUCUGUGGAAGAAAAGCGACUGUGCUGUAUGAGUGCUGCCCAGGUUACAUCAAACUGGAGGGAAUGCGUGGUUGUCCUGCAGUUGCCCCAAUCGACCAUGUUUAUGGCAGUUUGGGUAUAGUGAAGGCUACGUCAACCCAAAAAUAUUCUGACAUUUCUAAACUAAGGCCUGAGAUUGAGGGAUCAGGAUCCUUUACUUUCUUUGCUCCCAGCAAUGAAGCAUGGGACAUGUUGGAUGAGACGGUGAGGAAUGCACUGGUCAGCAAUGUCAACAUUGAACUGUACAAUGCCCUGCAUUAUCACAUGGCCAACAAACGCCUCUUGACCAAAGAUUUAAGGAAUGGAAUGACAGUCACUUCUAUGUACAAUGAUCUUGGUCUACAUAUUAACCAUUAUUCCAAUGGGGUGGUGACUGUGAACUGUGCUAGGAUUAUCUAUGGCAACCAGAUUGCCACCAACGGAGUUGUACAUGUCAUUGACCGUGUCAUCAGCGCCAUUGGAAACAACAUCCAGGAAUACAUUGAGGUUAAUGAUGACUUGACAACUCUCAGUGACAUGGCUCAAACAGCUGGACUGUUGGAGAAACUGGGUCAGCCAGGACAUUACACUCUCUUUGCCCCCACCAAUGAUGCCUUUGAUAAGCUUGGUGGUGAUAUGUUAGAAAGGUUUCAGGCCGACAAGGAGGUCCUCAAAGCCCUUCUGAGUUUCCACCUCCUGGAAUCAGUCCAGUGCUCUGAGGCCAUCAUGGCUGGAAGUUCUUAUGAGACUCUGGAGGGAAACAACAUUGAAAUCGGCUGUGAUGGAGAUAGUUUAACAGUUAACGGGAUUAAAAUGGUGCUCAAAAAGGACAUUGUCACCACCAAUGGUGUCAUCCACCUUAUUGAUCAAGUACUCAUGCCAGACUCAGCUAAGCUGGUAAUGGAAUUGUUGGGAAGUUCCCAGUCAACUUUUGGUGACAUGGUGUCCGAGCUGGGCCUUUCUGCUGCCAUGAGGGAAGAGGCUGAGUACACUUUGCUGGCCCCUCUCAACGCUGCCUUCACUGAUGAGGUGAUGAGCAUGGAUCAAAGAUUCCUCAAGGUUAUCCUGGAGAACCACAUCUUAAAGAAUAAGAUUGGCCUGGGACAACUUUACAAUGGCCAGCGGCUGGAGACCAUUGGAGGGAAAAUUCUUCGAGUCUUCAUUUACCGCACGGCUGUGUGCAUUGAGAAUUCCUGUCUGAUAAGAGGCAGUAAAGAAGGGAGCAAUGGGGCCCUUCAUCUCAUGAGGACUAUGUUGAAACCUGCAGAAAAAACUAUGUUUCAGAUUCUGACAGAAAAUGGAGGUUUCAAGAUCUUUUUGUCUCUUAUGGAAACUGCUGGUCUGACUGACCUGCUCAAACAGGAGGGAGAUUUCACUCUGUUUGCCCCAAGCGAUAAGGCCUUUGCUGGUUUAAGUCAGAGAGAUGUGAACUUGUUGAAGGGGAACAUAAAUGCUCUCAGAACCAUUCUUUUGUAUCACUUCAGUAAUGGUGUUUUCAUUGGUGGUGGUUUGGAGGGUGGGGUGACAAACCUUCUCAAAUCGCUCCAGGGCAGCAACCUAAAAAUGAUUUUUGCAAACAACACAGUGAAAGUGAAUUCUGUCCAACUCCCAGAAUCUGAUAUCAUGGCCACAAAUGGCGUCAUUCACUUUGUCAACCAAGUUUUGUACCCUGCAGAUAUCCCUGUUGGAAGCCAGGAUUUGCUCAUGAUACUGCAGAGGCUCAUUACUUAUAUGCAAAUUAAGUUCAUUUCAGGGUUUAGAUAUCAAGAAAUACCCCUAACAUUUAUGAAGAGGAUCAUCACACGUGUUGUUGAGGAAGCUCCUGAUGUAACCAAAGUGACAAGAGUCAUUGAGGGGCAGCCUACUAUCACCAAGGUUACCAGGGUCAUUGAGGGCGAGCCCACCAUUACCAAGGUUACCAGGGUCAUUGAGGGCGAGCCCACCAUUACCAAGGUUACUAGGGUCAUUGAAGGUGAACCCACCAUCACCAAAGUUACCAGGGUUGUCUCAGGCCCCCAGUACUCAGUCAGCACUGGCACCACAAACAUCGACUUGGAAGCAGGAGUUGACCUUUCAAAAAUUACCACCAUUGAAGGGGAUGCCAGUCUUGACUCUGAGCGACUUACUAAAUUGAUCCAAAAAGGAAGAGCUCCCCCCAGGAAAGUUAUAGCUGGCAACAGGCGGAGGGGAAGAGACUAAACAUGGAUGGAUGAGACUAUCGCCCUUGUAAAGGCAGAGACAGACUUCAAACUCUGAGAGUGAAACAAGUGUUGUAAUACUGAGGAUACACCUACAGUGUCAGUUUUAAAAUAAAAUGUCAAAAUUAUAACUGACAAAAAAGCUGUUUUGUAAACAAAAUGGUGCUUUAAAUGUAUAUAUAUUGACUUUUUCAUUCAAUAUAUAUUUACAGUUCAGAUGGAAAUUUUUGCAUGAAUUUAAAAACAGGCAGGAAAAUUUAUCAAGCCUUUAGACUAGUCAUAAAACAUUUAAGUUCAGUUCUUCUCUAUGGCUUUGCUAGAGGUGAAUGAGAUUUCAGGAGCUAUUGGGGAAGAGUUCUAAAUCUCAAGGAUUGAAAAGAAAUGGAGUAUUUUCUCACUUUACAUUUUUUUAUUUCUCUGGUUCGAAGUUGUAUAAGAUGCCAUGUCAAAUGUGUUUUCUGCUUAUGUUAUUUGGUAUGUUGUAACCAAAUUCUGGCAUUCUCCUGUUUUUCAGACAUUCUCCAAUAAAGUGCUUUAGUUCAGAUUAAAAUAUCAAAAUGAAUAGUUA